UACAUUUGAGACUGCCCUGCUUCCUUGGAGGUGAAGCAGGGCCCGCCUGCAGUAUGAAAAGCCCUCUCUGCCCCUUCUUUUGCCUCUUCAUGCUUCCCAUGAUACAGGGAGAUAUGGAAAACAGCACUCAGAUAGUGUGUGGCCAAGUGUUGGCCCGAAACCGUAUUGUGGGGGGAGAGGAUUCCUCCCCCGGUGCCUGGCCGUGGCAAGUCAGCCUCCAGUACAACAAGAAACACGCCUGUGGUGGGACCCUUAUCAAUGCUGAAUGGGUGCUGACGGCAGCCCAUUGUUUCCCUAGGAAGGCAGUGCUCUCUGGCUACCGAGCAAACUUGGGGAACUACCAGCUCUCAAACCCAGAUCCGAAUGCUUUGUUGCUGAGACUCUCCCAGGUGAUUGUGCACAAGGACUAUGCUGGAGAUGGGACCAGUGGGGAUAUAGCUCUGGCCAAAUUGGAACAUCCGGUCCGCUUCACCCAAAGCAUCCUCCCGGCCUGUCUCCCAGGUGCUGAGAUCCAUUUCCGAGGUGGCUCCUUAUGCUGGGUGACAGGAUGGGGAGCCCCACACUACGGAGCUUCCCUCGGGGGUCUGAGGACACUGCAACAGAUCCAGCUGCCCUUGAUAGACACCCUGCCCUGUGAUGCCAUGUACCACAUCGGCACGACUAUCAAUCCCAACAGGCGAGAGAUCCAGGAUGACAUGUUCUGUGCCGGCUAUGCUACGGGACAGAAGGACGCGUGUUUGGGUGACUCUGGAGGUCCUUUGGUCUGCCAAGAGUCUGGUUCCUGGUUUGUGGCAGGCAUCGUGAGUUGGGGUGAUUUGUGUGCCCUCCCCAACCGCCCAGGUGUCUACACCCGCGUUGGCUUCUACCAGGACUGGAUAAAGGCUCAUCUCCCUGGUGCCCAGUUUGGCCUUAUGAAUGUCACCUACUUCCAAGGUACUCCGUCUGCAUCUGCCUCCUGCCUAGUCCUCAAAGAUUUCAACUUCCUGCUUCUGCUCAUGGCCUCCUGUUUCAUCUGGACUCUUCUGUCAUAGAGGGAUAGAAGAGUGUUGCAGUGUUUUUCUCACCGAGAUGAAGUGU